AUGAAAACUAUGUCGAAACAGUCAUUCUCAACCACUUUAAGGCAUGAAUCUAGAAGUCGAAUUCGUACAAAUGAAACAACUACAGAUUGGUCGAAUUCCAUUACCAUUCCUAAAAUACAAAUCGACAGUAGUUCAUCACAGACCUUAUACAAUAUUCUUUCAAUUUCGAGACAUUUAGUGAAUUCAUGGGAAAUACUUACCUAUCCAGUAAUGAGAAUCCACAAUCUAUUCAGUUGA